GGAUCGACAGCUCGUUCGAGGAAGAGACACCUCGUUUCUUUCUAUUCGACACUUCUCGAUCGAGAAGUUUCCUUCAAGGUGAUUCGAACGAUGGAUGAGCUGCACGGAUGACGUGAAAAUUAUUACGUCCGUCAGAUGGGCUCCAGGGAUGAUUUCUCUUAUGAUUUCUCAGCGGGUAAUUUGACGAUCGACGGAUUCCAAACGUCACUGCUGUCGAUGAUGGAUCGCCGAUAGGAAUUUGAUGCUUCCCGAAGCUUGGAAAUUGAACAAUUAUCAAUCGAACCGUAUUAUUUCGACGAAAUGUCGGUGUCGCAAGAAGUAUACUCUCGUCUACCACGAGGAAGAUUGCCGAGGUGCCGUUCAAAGUGAAGACGUCCUGCUACGUGUUCGAAGGGUCACCGUAUAUCCUUUCCGAGCUGUUCAAGGAAACAGGAACGACUUGGCUGUUCGAGAACCGGAAGCAGCGCGUGUACACCUUAAUGGACUCUUCGAGUAUGCCACUUAACCGGUUGUUGCGUAAGAGGAGAACGAUUCUCACCUGCCUUUACGAGGGGUGGCACACGUGUCCAAAGGGGAUGGGAACGGAAUUUCACUUAUUUCUUUUCUUCUCUUUACCAUGCGAGCUUCUUGUAAGAAGUUCUUAUUGCAGGAAGUUCUCGUGAACCCGAAGGGUGGCAAUUAAGCACGAAACGUAGUUCGUAUCGAAAAUGGUAUUUAUUUUAAAUUCGAACUAAGCGAUGCGAACUGUCCGGAGGUCGAGCUCUUUCUUGCAAAACGGGGGUGAGAGGCCGAGGAAAAACUAGAGAGGAAUAACUAUUGGAAAUUUUGUGCGGAGAAGGGGUUAAGGAUAAAAUCUGGGAUUUUGGAGGAGGGUAAUUUAUGGCUGUCUUUAUUACCACAGCAAGUGUUUUAACAAUGCAAGGAUCGACGUUGAUCAGAUGCCUGAUUUCUAGGGGUUGAAAAAUAGGAGUUUCAGGAAUGUCUAACAAAGUUCGCAAGUAUUACAAGUACCAUCUCGAUUUUAACAAAUAAGUUUUCAUUCUUUCUGAUAUUUUUAAUUGAUACAUUAACUAUCAUUAGUGAUAGGGAUCUUUGUGAAAGGUUAGUGAAUUUUCAAUGUUUCGCUGCGUUCUACGAUCCCGAAAGCACUUCCGUUCGCGAUAAAACAUCAAUGGUGAAAUUCGACCGAUAGAUUUGCAUGACCGGUGAAAAUCGGCCAUCUAUCAGACCGGCUUUCGAGAGGCACGCUUCUCACCUGUCGUCACAAAGGGGUGGCUGCGUGUUCCACGGGGUGGAAACGAUGUAUAAACACGCGUGAGGGAUGAACUGCGCCUGGUCGACCUCCUGACGCGAUCGACCAUCGGCGUUAGAUCAUUCUUGACACGGCAUCCGGCUAUGCUUCUCUUUCCUCCCUUCUCUCGGGGUCAUUUUUUCCAAACUUCCUCCGAUACGGAAAGAACAAUGCAAAUUGUCAUACACGAGAUAUCGCGUGAAACAUUGCCGGUCUGGUGUAGGUAAUUAAAAAUUGAAUCGCGGUAUAUCAUCGGGGCGGAACUUUUCACCGAGUGCUUGAUAUCUUUCUUUUAUUUUGAAAACAAGAAAAAGAGUUUAUAAUUGGCCGCUCCGAGAAUAGCGUGCGUAUUUAUAUUUACACACUAAAGAUCGUACGUUCCUCGAGGUAUAAUUUUAAUAAUUACCACUGGAAAAGUAGCUUUUUUUUUUUAAAUCUUUGCUUUACUUCCUUCUUUACUUCGGUCAGGCGCGGUUAAAGCUUUCGUGAUGGUCUUUGAAAGCUUGUUUCUGAAAUAUUUUCUCGAAGAAAUAAACGAAUUCGUUAAAGAAUUUAUAAAGUAAUCGCGUGCGUUGUUUCGUUCGUCGGAGAUUAUUAAUAAUUGUAUGAAAAUUCGUUGAACGGUGAUUUCGCAACUUCCGUUAAAUUGACCUCUCGAGCGUAUUCGCGAAAGGUCGUCCCACGUUUCCCGUCGAGUUUCUGUUCGAAGUUAAUGGCUUAAUGGCGAGUCGAUGUCCGAGCGAAGAGGGUAACAUUUCACGGUGCUUGGUCAAUACAAGCGGGACAAUUACACGGUCGUUCAAGCUUCUUCUGUAGUCUGUUUCGUAGAGAACGAACGAUAUCAAACACAAACGCGUUAUCUUAUCACGCGGAAACCCUCGUUUCGCCGUCGCGUCGCUUUCUUUUUCCUUUUCUUCUUCCUCGUCUACACCGUCUCAUUGCUAUUCGUACUUCCACCUCUGACGGACAGUGGAUCCAUUUAUUCGCAAAUGCCAAGGCCGAGGGAAAGAUCGACGAUCGUGAAAUACGUGAAACCGUACGUUGCCAUAGGGUAAUUUACACAGUUAUUGACCCCUAUACGAUGAUUGACCGUUUUCUUAAAAAAGUAGUUUCUUGAUAUUAUUUCGACAGAGUGGGGCACAAGCAAAAUAUUUUAGUGGUACGUGCUAUAGUUUGCGCUAUCACUAUCUACAGAUUAGAGAGGAACUCGAAAAUUCUCUAAUCCGAUUAGGAAUAGAUAACGAUAAACAAAUACUUUCAAAUAAAUUAAUUUUUAUUCAAUAUAAUUAUCUGAAUAUUUAAUUAAUUAAUUAAUAAUUAGUCACUCUGCCGAAAUAAUAUCCGUUUCUUACAUAAUAAACUAUAAUUUUAUUCAGAACAAAGGGUAUUCGGGCUACGAAUAAUAUGAAGUACAUAUUAAGUAAAUUAGAAUCGAGGCUCUCUCCAUGGUCCGCCGAUUAUUUCUUAUUUCUUUUCAAUAUUUCUUGCAGAAUAAGAAUUCAUACUCAAAGACGUCUUAGCGCAGACGAUCAUCGAUAGGUGUUAAUAUUAUUUUCGCCCGUUAUCGUUGGAUCUUUCAACGAAAAUAUCAUCGGUUAAUAGCUUUCUCCGGCGGACCAAUUAUAGCGAAAACGAUCUUUUACGCGAGGACACGUCCGAUACUAUCGAGCAUCGCCAUCGUCCUCUUCGAAAUUAAUGGUAGAAACAGGGCGGCCGCGAGCGGAAGCAGAAGUCCUGAAUGGAUGGAUUGCCAGAUCCUGAUCACUGGCCAGUUCCAGCAGCACUCUGAAGAGUGGUCGAGAUAGCGACCGAUCCUCCAGCUUGAUCGACGAUUUGUCAAAGUCUUUCCACGUAACGUAGCAAGACGACGGACACCAGGACAAUGCUGUCUCUCAGCUCCACGGUUCUGAUAUUUAACGUUACAUCGCAAAAAAUCCGUCUCCUAUCGGGCUUCUUGCGGUGGACAAAAAAGUUUCUCCGCCCUGUCCGUUUCUUUCCUCUAGUUAAUACCCUUUCUAUUCUUCUUUUUUAAUCUAAUCGAGAAUGUAAUGAUAUUUCAUAUGUCUAAACAAGUUUCCGUAUUUCUUUCAUAGAAAUACAUUCACCCUGGUUCUGAUGCCGCAUUAUCGUUACGUUCGUAGACUUUCGCGUAGCCCGAGCCAUGGUUGUCCGCAUUAAAAACGCAGCAUCCUCCGCGAUAGUCGUGUUGGCGUGUAUAUACCAGGUCGCAGAUGUCGCAAAACGCCGAGAGCAGCCGGCACCGAAGUUCUCCGAUAGCCUGAUGGUCAUUUCUCAUUUGCGUAAUCUCGUCCUGCUACCCUUGCUUUUCUCUCUCCUCACCGUUUAUCCUCGCUGCAUAUAUCUAUAUAUAUAUAUAUAUAUACACAUAUAGAUACGUAUAUAUAUAUAUAUGUAGAAGAGGAGGAGGGAAAGCGAGAAAGGUAACGGAAGCUCUUCCGCGAGCUCGAGGGGCUGACUCGAGCGACCAUUUGUUCCGCAGGGCGGUUUUGACGAGGCGAACUCUCUGUCCUAAUCGCCAACGCGACGCGACGCGACGCCUCCUCCACCUAGGAGCUAAUCAUAAUUGCGCGACACGAUAAAAAGUGUCCGGCUCUUUUUCACCGUCCUAGGCGUUCACCGGAGGGCACGCUCGGACGAUGACGAAGUGCAGCGAGCGGGUAUCGCGACGCUUGAUGCGCUCCCGUAAUCGAGCCCCGACCAGUUCGCACGAGAACACGGAGCUUUUGGAUUUCGCAGGGGGGCAAUUUUGAAAUGUAAUGGUAGAAAGUCAUCGAGAAGCGGAACGAGCUUCACUUUGGUCGUGUAAGCCAUUAAUUAAUCCGUCGUAAAGAUCGAGUUGGCUCCGACAAGCCGAUAGUUUAACGAAUCACCGAGGACCACCGUGAACGUACUCCGAUGAUUUACCCCGCGAGGAAAGGAGACACAGGUGGUUAAGUUUGAAAAAUCGGCCUAAGGGACGCGGGAAAUGUUGGCGUAGAGGUCUGAAAGGGCGAAGGAUGGAUGAUCGACGUACGUGGUGUCGGUGACCCGUAGCUUGUUUGCAGAAGCUCGGCGAGGAAAGAGAAAGGAGAAGAAGAGUUACUUGGCGCCGUGUUAUCUUAUUCGUUAAGAUCCUCCGAGCAACCGAGAGGGGAGAAACAGUUCUCCAACAGUGCUCUCACUGUCUCGCAAGAUUCUCUCUUGUUCCUCUUCGAGUCUCUUUUCCCAGAGCGGAUCGACGCUCCCGGGGGAGGAAAUCCAGGAACAGCCUGGCUGUUUGAGUCGAGACGGGAGAUAGACUCCUUACCCUUUCUCCUCUCUUUCUUUCGCCUCGAUCUCUCAUAUCCUUUUAUCCGGAUGCUGGUCUCAUCUGUCCGGCAAGAUAGACAGGGAUACGGUGGAUGGUCCUCGCUCGUUGCUGGCAGUCAUGCCCAGUGAUUCGUGAGCGUGCAGAUAACACCGUUCAACAAAUUUUAACUUCCUUUACAUCGUAUAUGAAAUCCAGCCCGCGUUUCUUACAGAAUUUCGCGAAGCUGAUUAACACUUCGAACGGCCUAGCUAUCGGAAUGAUUAACCCACGACGGACCAUGGAGAGAGCCUUGAUUUUCAUUCAAUUUUCUCAAUUCAAUUUCAAAUUAUUUUCAGGUUCUAAAUUUUACAUUGCCCCUUUCAAAAUUCUUCUUCUAAUAUGUAUUUUGUAAGUUUGAGUCCCGAUUGACUCAGGCUUCGCUGUUCGAUGGUUAAUCGUAGAAUUAUUUUGAUAAAUCUAAGGAAUCUACCGAACACAUGAGAGUGAAAUUCCUCUGGCACCAGGAAACAUGUUUACGUAUAAAAUUGAAUUUACAUUCACGACACGGAAACAUCGUCGGGAUCAUUUUUAAUAAUAACAGGUUCUCGCGGUUGGCUACACGAUUCGAACCUCUCCGGCUUUCCUUCGAAAUAAAUGAUUCACCAUCGAAAAGACAAAUCGUCCGGUCGAAAUCGUUUCAGCCGGUCGAGUGAUAAAUUCACGGGAUCGAGUGAUCGGUCAGAGUGUUUAAUUAUGUUCCCUUGAUUCAUCCUCGCUAACGGGCGCUAAUGAGACGCAUCUUUUCAGCGUCGCGACGACCAUUUAUCCCGUUGAAUCGUGAACGUUACGCAACGCGGAUAACUCGCCCGCGAUAUUAUUGCGGCUAACGUUGCGAAAGCGGACAAUUAUCGUUCGCACGAUCGCUAAUUACUUGCCAAUAAAUUAUCAUCGGCAGCCUUGCGGGGCACGACGAUCGACGCGACGGCAACCAGUCGAACUCGCGCCUCUCGCGAGUUACUUUUUAAUUAGACCCGUCGAAUGAUUUACGGACAAACGCGAAAAUCCUUUCGCUCUCUUUCGACUACCGUUUAAUUGCUACCUUUUAUUACGUUUUUUCUCUCGAUUCCUCGCUAAUAACCCGUGGCCACUGGACAAACCGUAACUAGGAACUGUCGAUACGAAUCGAAUAUCUUUAACGAUAUACACAAGGUGUCAUGUUUGUCGAUAUAAAUUGUUUCUCAAUCCAGAAUGAUGUAUGAAAUCGAGAUUGAAAUUGAAUCAGUUGCUAAUACAACGUGUUAUUAAUUUGUGUAUCGCAUCUGUUAUCAAAAAAAUAUCCUUCCGUGAUUCACCGUUUAUCCGACAGAUACAUAAUUCACCGGACAAUGUCACUCACUGUUCGCACUAUGAAAAACAACGGACGAUUAUUUUGUUGGCAAAAAUUUUUCUCUCCCCGGUCAAUUGUAAAAUGUAAUCGCGAGCGUGGAAACGAGCCGAGUUGCCGAGACGCGAGGAGACAAAGAGUACGAUUAUUAGCUACACAACCCGUUCCCUACGUGUCUUACGAUCCUCCUUAUCGUUAUCGCCAUUAGUCACGGAGCCUGGGUUACGAGUAUCGCCGGCCGUUAUCGUUAUCCGUUAUCGUGCCACGCUAUCGGCGAAGUUCAAGCUUCGUGACGCCGGUGACAGGAGGUACUUUGGUACUCCGCUCUAUAUUCUACAUUCACGCUUUUCUCUUCGAAUGACGCACGUAAUUGGCGCAAAAUUCACUAUUGGAGUACGUCGAUACCAAUUGAGCAGAAUGAACGCGUUGUUUAUUGGCGUUGCGACGAAGUCUCUCAGUCCAAAAUUUAUCUAAUCGGAAAAUUUUGUAAAUUGAAUUCUCCGAAUUCUAAUCUUUCUUUUCUUUCUUGUUUGCCGAGGGAGAAAUAAUCCCCUGUCGCACUAUUCGGCUAAGGGCACCCGGGCAGUGAGAAACUCGUACCACCCACGCCAAAAAACUCGGGCACCCUACCCAUUGAAACCCUUCCCCCAUGUGCGCCGACGGUACCCUUUCAACUCUUCAAUUAUCCCAGGAAUACCGGCGUAAACUCCAAAUUCUAAUUUUUGCUAAUUGAAAAACACUUCCAGUGAAAUUGCUUCGUGAAAGAUCGGAAGAAAAAUGAAACAAAUCUGGCCGAAUUUUGUUUAGAGCAACUUUAUUAGAGAACCGGCGAUUCAUAGCCGUUCGAGGAACGGUGUUCCGCGUUCGGCUCGAGUCAGCUUCGGGCUUAGCAUCGAAAGGGAAAAGCGGAAUGUUUGCUCGGUAUUAUCGUAAGGUAACAGAACGCGAGGAGAAAGAGAGAAGUAGAAGGGCAGCUGUCCUGGAACGGAAACGAGGAGAGAGAGAGUGAGAGAGAGGAGAAUGAUAACAGGUAGCCAUUGCCACGGGUCGUGGUGCCGUUUGGAAAGCAGUGAUAGUGCUUCCUUGCAACGGUGAGCAUCUCGCUGCGGUUUCGUCUUUCAAGCAUCCCGUCGGAAGGAGCUUUCCGCCUCGUCGAAAGCCUUCUCCCGUUAAUCGCCAGCUUUCCAGCGGACAAAGAUCCGCGAGCUUCGUGCCGGAAGAUUCGAAGUCAGUUCGGAUUACGAAACAGAAGAAUGAUUAAACACGAGAGUGCGAUCGAUAGUUAUUUCUAUAAGCCCGGUGCGAAAAAAAGAAUUACACCUUUUAUUUUUACAUCAGUCUAAUUGAAGCGGAUUUUAAUUAGAAUCCUGUGAAUUACAAUGGGGAUACGUGUUGUCGUUUCGAGUGAAUUGCAACGAUAAUUAACAAGUGAUACAGAGUGUUGCAAUAAUCGUAAUGUUUGCACAGUGAGCAGAAAUCAUUUUUUCUCACUUUCAUCCCUCUUAACACAUUGUCGACCGGCAAUUUUACAAUAAUAAUAUGGAAUAUUGUAAAAUUGGUUUCGAAAAUUAAAGUAGUCGAUUUAAGUGCAAACGGGAGUUAACUCGUGACCAGUCAACAAUCUGUUAACUUCAUCAAAUAAUUCACACAGUUAGCUUUGAAUCAAAGCGUACGAGAGUCGCUUCUUUUUCUCGAAAUGCGAAUUAUAAAGUAUAAAAGCUGAAAAUAGAAAUUUUCAUCCCCCAUUCGUCGAAAGUUAGAUUUGAAAAUAGAGAAAGCCGAAAGUGGAAAAUGUUCGGUGUACUCGGUCGCGUGAUCGCGAGACUGGAGUAUCGUUGUCAGCAUUCAAUUACCCUUAUCGCGGUCCAGGUGUCAGACGUUAUCAGCCGCGGGCCAAUGGGCCAGCCGUGACGAAAAUUUCAGCGUGACGCGGUUAACUGGGGGGUCGAUCGUGCCCUCCUAAUUGUCGACGGCGGCGCGCAAUUAGCCGCCGGUUUUCCGGCCGGAUCGGUAUUGCGCGUGUGCACGAUCGAUAAGAUGCCGAUCGUGGUUGUGGCGGCUUAUCGAGCAACCAGAGUGGCCGAUAAGAGUGUCCCCGUAGCUGUCGGGUAGAGCACACGGCUCGGCCGCGAUACGCGGAUUAUCCGCGCGGCUCGUUUAUUCCCGCGGUCGCAGCUACACCCACGACAAAAUCGGCCUACUGGCCCCUAGCUCGAUGAUCCCCGUUUCGAUACCACCAUCCACCGAUACCACGAUCGAUCCGCACCGAUCGACGUUUUAGGCGAAUCAUCGAAUGUUUCGUUAGUCGAGAGAACAGUGUACUGGAUCUUCGAUUGUGUUUUCAAAUUCUCAUAGACGAUAGUGAAGAGAGAGUGAUUAACGAAGGAUGGUGCAUAGUUUUAUCUCGGAACUGUUGGAAAUUGAAGGUAGAUGAUAACGAACGCGAGAAACCGGACAAAUUAUUUAAGAUUUUCAUAUCCUUUUCUUCGUAUCUUGUUAAAUCAAUCCGAUUAUCGAGGUUUCAUUUCCUUCAUUUCUUCUUUCGAACAUAACAUUAGGGAUCGGUAUUUACGUUCGGUAAAUGUUUAGAAAUCCACGUGCUCGACUCAGUGCAGAAGGACAGUUGCUUGCAGUUCUUCAAACGCGUCGGUCGAUGUUUAUAUGCUCCGCUCCGGCGUCGAGCACGUGAAUUUGUAUACAUUUACUAAUUCGUCUUGCUGGACGGAUUAUAAUUAUCAGUGUCGAAUCAAGUGGUACGAGAUAAUGAGUUUCGCGUGUGAUUCAAGAUAAUUGUGAUCGUUACCACGCGUGUAAAUCGCAUCAGUUACGAUCAAGAUUACCAUCGUUCGAAUCCGAUUUUCAGGAAUUUAUUUCUGAUCUAUAUAUCGUUCGGUUAUUCAAAAUAUUUGAUCGAAGAAAUCGUUUUCAUCGGUGAGAAAUAAAUUCCUAAAAAUUCGUAAAAAUUUAAUCCUUUAAAUCGCAUCGAACUCUGAACAAGAAGGAAUCGUCCAAGCCUGGUCUGCGUGGUUGGAAAUCGCUCGUGUAUUUGAAUAAACACGCGACGAGGGGAAGGAGAGAUCGAUGGGCGGCGAUAGAAUCGCGAAUAUCGCGAUAGUCUGUGCGAAGCUCGUGCCGAUAACGUAACGCGUUAUCGGUCCUGAUCGAAUCUGAUCGGCACACUGAUCAGGGCCAUCUUGAAAUCGGUAGAGUGUAUUGGUGACGGUUGCGCGACGUUAAGUCGUUAUUUCGGCCCCGAAAACCGUCGGGAAAAUCGACCACCACCAGAAUGUGAUCGCACGUCGCGUCGACAAGUUUCUUCGCGAAUAAAAGACAAUUCGUGUAUAAAAAAAUAAGUGAUACGCGAAACGGAUCUCGUUUGAUUUCUAACAUGAGUUUGCUGUUAUGGAGACAACGAAGAGGCAGCCAACUGAAGGGGGAUGCAUCGUUAUCGUUGACAAGGGAGGAUGAGGAAUGGAGCGAUUCGGAGAAGACACCUUCGGUGAGCAGUGGCGUGGAGGGUGGUGGAUCGGCGGUUUCCAGUCCGAUCGCGCCGGUCGUCGAAGAGGAAUCGAACUUGCCGCCACCGCCGCGAUUGAACGCCUCCUCGUCGUCGGUUACGAUCGCCAAUUCGGCCGCCGAAGAUAUCAGAACGAGGCUUAGCGUGCUGUCCGAAGACGCUCGGAAACGGUUGGCUAGUUUUACCGAAGACAUCGAGGUUGCCAGAAGCUUAAGAGACCGACAUGCCAGCUCGAGGCCGAAUCAAACGCGAGAGUCGAGUCCGAAAGACACGGACGAGGAAUCGAACCUAGUUGUGGUGAAAGAGGAGGACUGUCAACCGAGGUCGUCCUCUUCUUCGACGUCGUCGAUUAGAAGACGAGAAUCGGUAUGUAGGAGGGACUCGGAGGAUUCCUCGAGGCGAUCGAACGCGGAUGAUUCACCGUCCGAGAAGAAGCUUAAGCCCGACGACGAGGCAGCACCAAGACUGAGACUGAAUGCUAGUCUGGCGACGGAUCCUGCUCUUCGGCCCGCCGCUGUAGCCGCGCUCACCGUCAAGCCGGAGAACACCUCGCCCCCGAAUCCUGUGCCACCUUUGCCAGCCGGACUUCAGAACGCAAUAGCCUCGGGUCGACUGUUCGUGCUGCCAACCGAUGGCAAAGAAACGAUCACCGUUGAACCCGCCAGGCCAGCGCCGUUGAUUUGUCCACCGUGUGGCAUCCGGUUCAGUUCAGCGAGCACUCUCGAAGCUCAUCGCACUUUCUACUGCGCCCAUCGGCCUCGGCUCGAAGAGGACACAGCGAACGAGGAGGACGAGGAGAAAUCGAACAAAUUCGAAGUGAGGAAAGCGUACGCUUGCCCUCACUGUUCCUACAGCGCGGACAAGAAGGUGUCGUUGAACAGACACAUGAGGAUGCACGCCGCCUCGCCGGCACCGCCUACGAUACCAACCGCGCCUACCACAGCCACCACCCCGGGAAGCGGAACAGCGACAACCUCGAACGGAUCGCUGAACGAAGAGGCGGAGAGAUAUUGCAGAAAUUGCGACAUUAGAUUCAGCUCGCUGAAGACUUACAGAGCGCACAAGACUCAUUAUUGCAGUACCAGGCACGUGGUUAAAGACACGCCACCGGCGGCUAGCGCGAGUUCCUCUUCGGUGAAAGCGUCUCCACCGACCAGCGCCAGUCCUGGUGAAUCCCCGCCGCCCCAGCCUUGCCUGGCACUGCCCACCAAUCCGAUCCUCAUCGUACCGUACUCCCUGUUCCGCGGAGCAAGCGUCCUGGCAGCGCCGACCUUGCCUGCGCCUGAUACCGCGUGCUUUCUUCUUCCAAACGGUCAUCUUCAACCGAUGACUAGAGGUCUCGCCGCCACAGCGCAGAACACCGUCGAUCCUCCGCCAGUUCUUCGAGUCGCGAACAAACCUACCACACCUGCAUCCGUGGUAGCAUCGUCCACGUCGCCACCUGGCUCGGCACCUCUCGAUCUAAGCGUCAGAAAAUCACCGGCGCACCAAGAUGAAAAGGAGAACAGGGUGUCGCCGGCACCCUCUUCUCUGCCCCCGCCACCUGGUAGCCCAAGAUCAAGAGGAAGCGGUAGUCCCAGAGCAAGGUCCAUCGGUUCUGCUGCAACCGCAGUUGGAACUGUUGCACCGCCACCGCCAACGGAGCUUGCUCUGAGACUGGCCGAGUUGCCGCCACCCCCGGUUCCUGGAGUCCUUGUCAAACAAGGUGUCUCGAGAUGCAAAGAAUGCAACAUAGUCUUCUGUCGGCACGAAAAUUUCGUCGCCCAUAAGAAGCAUUAUUGUCAGGCGAGAGAGACGACGGUUAGCAGCAGUCCUCCGCCACCUGGUACGCCUUCGCCUCCUUUGGUUCAACUUAUCUGUGCCGCGUGCGGCAUCAAAUUCGCCUCCAUGGACAAUCUGGUAGCUCAUCAAGCGUUUUACUGUCCUAAGAGGGCAGAACCCCAGGAACAUCACUCGAGAUGUUCCAAAUGCAAGGCUAUAAUCGAGCCCGGAAGUACGCAUACCUGUUCAAGUGGACCCACUGGUGGUUGGAGAUGUCCAGUCUGCGGCGCGGUUAGUCCCACAGCAGGCGCUGCUCAGCGUCACAUGGACGCGCACCAGGGUGUCAAAGCUUUCAGGUGCACGAUAUGUCGAUAUAAAGGAAACACGUUGCGCGGUAUGAGAACGCAUAUCAAGAUGCAUUUUGAAAAACGCGGUACCGACUUACAAGAGGAAAAUUAUAUAAUGUGCGUGCUCGACGACGAAACGGUUCUUCCUACACCGGAACCAGCUCCGGCCACCACUCCCGAGGAAAUCCCUGGGGAGGUCCAAGUGAACGGGAAGACGGAAGUUCGAAAGAGUCCGCAACCACCACCUCCACCACCGCCGCCCCCGCCAACGGUGACCGGCAAAGUAAAACAAGAACGAGAGGACACACCACCUCCGGAGGAAAGUCUCGACCCGAAUAAAAGCGGUCCCCGUUAUUGUAGAUCCUGCGACAUCAGCUUCAACUAUCUGAGCACGUUCAUUGCUCACAAGAAAUUCUACUGCUCCAGCCACGCCGGUGAAGCUAGCAACAACAACAACAACAAUAAUAACAAUAACUCGAGCAGCCACGCUACAACACCUCCAAGUGGCAGGACCGAGGCAUCCGUACUUUAAGACUCUCAGGUCACGGCUAAUGUCAGCGAGACAACUAAUGGGACUGUUAAUUGUUGCCAGUUUAUACAUAUAUAUAUAUAAAAUAUAAUAUAAUAUAAUUACAGAUUUAGUUGACAACCGUUGUGUGAUUUCUGUUGAUCCAGGGAAUUGUUUGUACUUAUAAGUUCAAUUAGCCAACGUGUAUAUACGCGUACGUGAACGCGACGAGGAACUGCGUAAAGGAUAAGCGAAAUUAGUUAGAGCGAGAACAAGUACAGUGAUCGUAUUCACGUUUGCUAGUUUGCUUUUUGGUUCGUCUAGGUAUGUACGAUGUAGAAUCGCGUAUUAAAAUGUAUAAGAAGACAAUGAAAUACCAAAGUGGAACUAGCAAAUGGAGAACACAGCGUCUUGCAUACGAAGGAUCGUGGUUGUGAUUAUGUUUGCGUGCAGUUGGUCCUCGAAAGCCACGAUCGAACCAUACAAAAGGUGUGCAAUCUCAUGACUCUUUAAUAAUCUCGUAGUUUUAACUGAUUAUCGACAACAUACCUAAGGAAUUACGAAAAAUAAUGAAUGUAAAAUGUUGUACAGUAGACGAGUAGAGUAUUACGGAACGAUAUAAGUAGUUAUCCUGAAUGAUACCAAUUCCCAGCUUGUGCAAAAAUGCUAAGUUGCAAUAUGACAUUUAAUAUAUUAUAUAUAAAUAUAAAUAAAUAAUUUCAUGUCCAUAAAAAUCGCGCUCAUACUAUCGACGAGUAAGUACGUUGAUAAAUUGUAUCCAGACUGCCAUAGAAAGAUUCGCUUGCCAACAGAUACUGUCGUGGAACAGCUAAAGAACUAAAGGAGCUCUAGUAUUCCCCUCGAAUUCAGGAUACGAUAUUUAAUUGGAUUCUUACCAACGCAUUUGCUUCGUAACAUUACAAUCAAAAGAAAGCAUCGCGUGUAUGUACUUGUUAACAAGUUACGAUCCGUUGCGAGCGCGUAAAUGUAAAAAUUAGAAUUAAGGCCAGUGUUACACGUAUACGCAAGCGUACUAUUCAUAUCAUUAUAAACAAGUUCGUUUAAAAAAACAUGAAUUUCUUCGCGUGUGAGUUUUGAUGAUGAUGAUGAUGAUGAGAGAGAAAGAAUGAAUGAACGGGUGAACGUAACUUGAACGUUGUCAUAGAACAAUGCAACGUAUUCGAAAAAUCUCAGUUAUAUAAAAUUGUUUUCAUAUUUUGGCGAGUAGCAUAGUCAGAUAAACGCGAAUGUUCGCAAAUACUUUUAUAAAGUAAUUGUUAUAUUAUUUACGGGCCUUCUGCUAAUUACCGUUUAAAGUAAAGCAAGAGUCACCGGUAUUCCAGCAAAAAUAAAUGCAAAAAAUUUGAUAACAACACAUUACAGAUGAGAUACUUUAUUGCUAAACAAUUUGUAAAUCUCUAUCUGGUACUUCCAACAAUUUGUUACACAUUAUAAACCUGGUAUAUCAUUAUAUGCCAUAUCGUCGAAAA